AUGAGCGAUAACGAAUCUCCUCUCAUUCACGCCGUAGGACACAACUAUGGCGCGAUACAACCCACUUCGACAUGUCAAGUCGAUGGAACAAUAGCAAACGAGCCACCUAGCUUCACUGCCAGAAAUGCUGGAAUACUACUCGUCUUUUCCUCUCAGUUCUUCUUCGCUUGCAUGAAUAUUUCGGUGAAGUUGCUAAACAAGUUGGAGCCUCCGGUGCACGCGUUUCAGGUUAUUGUAGUCAGGAUGGGCAUCACGUUCAUAUGCUGCGAGAUAUACAUGGUUGUUAUGGGGAUCCCUGAUCCGAUCAUUGGCCCCAAAGGUGUUCGGAUGCUACUGGUCAUUCGUGGGAUUAGCGGGUUUUUCGGAUUAAGCGGCCUGUAUUUGUCGCUUCAGUAUUUGUCUGUCGCAGAUGCGACGGUCCUGGGCUUUUUAAAACCUCUGACAACAGCGGUUGCUGGAUGCAUCCUUCUGAAGGAGAGGUUCUCCAUAAAGCAAGCUGUCGCGGGAGUUUGCAGUUUACUUGGUGUUGUCCUCGUUGCUCGCCCCCCGUUUCUAUUUGGCUCCCUGUCAACUGCCAUCCCUGAAGGACACUUCUUGCCAGAAUCGACCCCGGCGCAAAGGCUGUCGGGUGUUGCGGCAUGUAUGAUGCAUGUGCUUGGAGCCACUGCAGCAUAUACUUCGAUUCGUGCAAUUGGGACGCGUGCUCAUGCGCUGCAUAUAAUGACGUUCUUUGCGCUGGGGUCCACGAUCAUGGCAUCUUUGGGGAUGGUCGCCUUCAAUAUUUCAGUUGUAUAUCCGACAAGUAGAUCAUGGACAUGGAUACUUCUGUUGCUCAUGAAUGGUGUCUUUGGCUUCGUGGCGCAAGCUCUCUUGACGAUGGGGCUGCAACGAGAAACUGCGUCGCGCGGUGCUAUGGGAGUGUAUAUCGAGGUGCUUUUUGCUGUGAUACUUGAACGCCUAAUCUUCGGAAUUAUACCGUCCCUACUGUCAGUUAUCGGCGCGGCCAUCAUUAUGUCCUGUGCUCUUUAUGUCGUCGUGAGUGGUCAUCGUUCUCGAUUUCCUGACGUUUUUGUUCAUUCAAAUCUCACUACCAGUUGAUGAAGCAGGAACAUACCCAGGUCAGUAUCCCAAGCAGUACAGCGUGAAAUGGCGGAACUAUCUUUGGCCCAGAGUAUGUAAAUAAUAUGAAGUGAUGCUGCCGGGUCUGCAAUAGACU